AGUCGGUCACAGCGUCCCGCUCCUCGACGCCAGCACCUGCCGGCGGCGCAUCGAGAUGGCCGGCCACCGCCCUGCUCGCAACCUCGUGCAGACCCUGCAGGAGGAGGCGGUGUGCGCCAUCUGCCUCGAUUACUUCACGGACCCCGUGUCCAUCGGCUGCGGGCACAACUUCUGCCGCGGGUGUGUGACCCAGCUGUGGGGCAAGGACGACGAGGACCAGGCGGUGGGGGCCAUGGGCGGAUGGGACCACUCCAUCCGGGAGGUUUCGUACCAGCAGAGCGCGGGCGAGUUGUUCCGGGACCCGGAGGAGGGACCCUGGGUCGGAGGCGGUGGCAUCAGGAAUUGGGACAACAGGGACGACGCGUGGGUCCCGGCAGAGGAGGAGGAAGAGGGGGACUAUUACCGAAUUGACAUCUACGAGGAAGAGGCGCUGGCCAACAUGGUCCAGGUCAUCCGCCACCUGCGCCCCGGCCCGGACUCGGGGAGCCUGGGGGGCGAGCACGGCGUCUGCCCCAAACACCAGGAGGCCCUGAAGCUCUUCUGCGAGGUGGACCAGGAGGCCAUCUGCGUGGUGUGCCGGGAGUCCCGGAGCCACAAGCAGCACAGCGUGGUGCCGCUGGAGGAGGUGGAGCAGGAGUACAAGCUGUGGGGAGAAAACAGUGAAAGAAUGUUGUUAAACAGCUUGCGUUUUGUUGCAUCUUCUACACCGCCCAGGAAAAAAAGUUAAGGUAUAACUGUUACAUGGUUAUCAUAUCAUCUGAAUAAAGUUUUGCAUUCCAAGAUUACCAUUUUUUAAAUUGAUUUUAGUUGUGAUACUUAAUUUUGAAAAUUUAAAUAUCACUGGAAGGAAAAUGUAAGAUUUUUAGAUGUAUGAGUAGAGGUGUGGGUUACAAAAAUGUUGUUGAGAAAAACUGAUAUAUCCAUAUCCACCAGAAGCUCAUCUGUUUAUUGCGGGUCUUCCCUACAGGUUUAGCUAUUGACCACUGUAUCAAAGUCAGACUGUUUAAACUUGCUCCUCUCUACCCCUGUGGCUGUACCUGGGACCUCAUUUUCACAUAGACUUGCUACAUACCUGAAAUCCUCAACUCCAAUCGCACUAUGACCUUAGCUCUUAGCUUUCUGGUGCAGUUAAAAACACUCGUUAUACUAGCUACCGUUCGAUCAACUUCUAAUUGUUUUCCUUCCCAAUUUAUCAGAUAUUUGCUAUCCUACUGAGCCUGGACCUUGUGAUUGGUCUUGGUGUGAAGAACUGGUUCAUGUUAUGGUCUAGACCAGGGCUUCUCAACCUCAGCACUGUUGACAUUUUGAGUGAGCUAAUUUUUGGUGGUGGGGAGGUUGUGCAUUGUAGGCUACUUAAGAGUCUCUGGACUCUACCUACUAGAUGUAAGUAGCACCACUCCACCAGUUGUGACAACAGAUUUCUCCAGACAUUGCAGGAUGAGAUGUCAGGGGAGGGGAGUGCACGAUCACCCCUAGUUGAGAACUACUGUUCUAGAUGCAGGGAAACUGGUCAUACCCAUAGACUAGCCUCACUUAGGCCCUAGAGCCAGUGCCUGGCAUAGUUGUUCAAGUGUUCAGUGGAAGAACAGCCUUACCUAGCUGGACCCUUACUAAAUGUAGUCUCAACAUCAGUAGGUUAAUUGAUAGGACCCAGACUUCUCCCAGCUCUUGGUGUGCAGCAAGCCUUUUAUAAACAUUAGCGCUGCUUAUGUCACUGACAUUUGGGAGAACAGGACAGUGACAAAGCAGUAUAUGAAAUCAAGAUUUAGAAAUGAUUCGUAAAAAGCAAUCACUUUAGCUACUCAGUUUCAGCAAGGCCACAGGGCAGUCUUUUGUUUUUUAAGUAUUAUGCAGACCUAAUACAGGAGACCAGAGCCUGUCUACUCUUGUCAGAGUGUGGGUGGCCCUGUGUUGGUACAUAUGAAUAUCAGCCCCUAAAGUACUUCCUUAAAAGCUAAGACUCCCCUGCCAUUGGUCAUCAACCUCUGGCCACUAUGCCAUGCCUCCUGAAACUUUUAUAGGACCUAUAAUUUCCUUGCUAUUUCCCACCCCAAUCCCUGACCCCCUCUGAAAGUUAUCCUAUAACAGUGACGUUAUUACAAAUAUGUAUUGACUAAUAAAAUAAGAUCACAGAGGGCGGGGCGGGCUUACUAGUCCUCUGUACUGGAUCUAAAAGGACUUUCUGCACUGGUGGGUGUGUUCUAAAUCUCUGCUGCCGAUGCAGCAGGUCCCACUAGCUACAUAUGACUUCUGAGCUCUUGAAAUGUGGCUAGUGCAACUCAGGAACUACAUUUUCAAUUGUGUUUAAUUUUAAUUGAUUUUUUAAAUAGUUAUACUUGGCUGAUGACUAAAGUAGGUUGAAUUCUGCUCCUUCCUAGGGCCCUAAAGAGUAAUAGCAAGUCCAAAGGAAAGAUGAAAAUAAGCCAAAAAAACAAAUACAAUUUAUUUACCCAAUCAGGAGAGAAAGGCUGUAAGAUGAUAUUUUUAAGCAUAUAAGGAGAACAUAUUUAAAAGAAGGCUUUCUUGUAUUUUCAAAAAAAUCUAACCAAAAUGGCCAUGAGCCAGUUUCACUUAUAGGGGAUAUGACAGGGUUUUAGUAGAAAUUAGCUUUAAAAAAAAAUUGUAUUAACCCCUUCACCAAAACAGCUGGGAGGCUGGGUCCUCAAAACAGGAAAAGUAUAAAUGAGGUUUUAUUUGGUGCCUGGUGUAGGGCAAAACCUAGUAUUAAGCAGGCAAGUGAGUUCUUCCCUUUCUCAUUUCACAGCAACUCCUGACAGAGGACGGUGAGAAGGUCUUGGAGUCCUAGAAGGGAAAGCAGUUUGUGCUGACAGUAUUAAUGAGAAAGGCGAGAGGUGUGGGAAGAACAGGGCUAAGGAGACCAUGAGAGAUGAUGGUGGUGAUAUAUUACACUUUUUAAAAAAUAUAUAUUUCUAUUGAUUUUA